AUGAUACCAAAAUCAGUUCUUGAGGGUGCAAUGCUUACGGUUCGAGAGAGUAGUGCGGCGCAAAGGCAAUUCACAGAUGAACCACUCGAAGAUAUUCGAGACUACUAUGAGAACUUUCACUCGUCUUUGAAUUUCCCAAGUGAAGAUAGUCAAAUCAUCGAGCUUCCAGAUAUCUGUCCCAAGUUAUUUUGUCAUAUUGUUCAAUACAUGAAUACCACCUCAAUCGACACACCAACAUCUGAUAAUAAAAGGAGCGAAUGUCCAAAUCUUCCUACACUUACAUACAUUUGGUUUUUGGCUCACUACCUCUUGAUUCCGCGGGUCCAAGAUAUCGCCAUUCUUCGCAUAUUCGGUCUUCUGGACCAUGUGGAAUCUGAGCCUGUAUUUGAAGUUGACGAAAUGGUCACUGCGUUAAACAUCGCAUGUGGUACAGAUGGAAUUAUGGUUGCAGAUGACAACAAUGUGUAUAGUCUCUUGGGGAGUUACAUGAUUUGGCAUUCCGAUUAUCGUCAUUGGACUGACGAACAGAAAGAUAAAGUUCCGAGAAAGGUCUUGUAUUGGCUGAUACGUAUCAGCGAGUUACCGGAACUCUUUGUCGAUAGAUCUGGGCGCAGGAAGCCUGAGGUGUGA